AUGUACCUGGGUGGUUCUGCGAUCGGGUUGAGGCUGGUGUUGUUUUCACUCGGAUUCGUCCGUCUGCCUGUGGAGACGGCGGCGCGGCGAGGGGAUCGAUCGACAAAGCAGCUUGCUGGCAGCAUUGCCGAGGCGAGGAGAGGAGAUCUGAUCGUGGCGAAUCACAGCUCGUGGAUCGACCUGCUGAUCGUCUCGUACCUCUAUCCUGGUGUUCAGUUCUUGGUGCCGGUGACGAACGAGUCUCCCACGGCCCCGCAACAGCAGCCUGACGCAGCGGCGGCGGGCAGCAAGAAACGCACUCCCAAGAAGAACGCCAUGUCCGCAAACACACGCAUCGUCACCCCCAACAGCACCACCUCUUCCACUCCUUCCUCCGACAUCUCCGUCAUCGGCUACACUGUCCUCCCCCUCUCCUCCGCCUUACGCUUCGUCGGAUCGCUCCCACCAUCGCGCCGGCAACUCGUCACCCAGAUCCACCCUGACAUCGCCACCGCUCUCUCCCAGUCCUCCACACCACUGGCGCUGUUCCCGGAGGGAACCACAUCCAACAACCGUGCACUCCUCACCUUCUCCCUCCUCCCAACCACCCAACCCAACCCGACCCACACAACCCACCUCUUGACGCUCAAGUACAACCCUCCCACUCCAACCAGUGUUACGUCGGUGUACACCACUCCAACACCGUCGAAUUCGAUCGUGAAACACUCCGCCAAGAUCGUAUUCCUCUCCAACCCAGUCAGAUCGGUCGCGGUGAGGUGGACGACACACCAGCAUCAAGGAUCCAGUGGAGAGGGUUGGGGGGAGGAGCUGGCGCAGGCAGUGUCGAAUCUGGCGCGGUUGAAGAGGACGAGUAUUGGGUGGAGCGCCAAGUGGGAGUUUCUGCAGAUGGUCAUGGCUCGAUCCAAGAGGUCUUGA